ACAACAUCAAUUAAAAUUCACGAAUUGUUUUAUCGUCUAUAAUUUCAAUCGAAUUCUCUCACGACACAACGUAACCAUGAGCCACUUUCAGAACGUCGACUCCGUCGCCAACCCCCAGCAGGGCGAAUUCAAGCCCUCCGUCAAGCCGACCGCUCCUCUUGAAGAGGGUGGUCACCAAAUAGGCAGAAAGGUUGCUCCUAGCGAUUACGUCCCCGAAUUCCGCGCUGAGACCCAUCCCCCCGGCACUGCGCCCGCCAGCAGCUCUUACCAGCCCAACACCGCUGGGGAGCCCGGCAGCCAGGCACUGAACCCCAAUGUAGAGCGGAGCCAUGGCAAAGAGUCUGUCAAGACCUCCGCAAGCGAUACUUUGAUGGGCGCUACUUCGCAGGACGUUCACACCGGUCUGGGACACCCUGGCUCAGGCCAGACGAGUAACGAGCUUCGCCAUGACGGACAGCACGGUCGCAAGGGCCAGAGCGCGGGUCUGCAGCAAGUCGGCGCCCAAGAAAGCGAAAAGUUUGAGAGGCAGAUUCCGAGUCAGCGCGGGCUUGAACGCGAUGAGGCUCGGCCUGGUCAGCGCGGAGACAAGGGCGCGUUGGCGGCUGAGGAUAGGAACCCCGAGCCGGCGGAGACGGCGGCGGCUGAGUGGAAGUAUGAGCCUUCGACGAAGAGG